CACCUCAGUACGUACACAACGUGCCCCUGCUCAACUGACUGGGAAGCCCUUAGUGUGGAGCUGCCAACGCCCGGUGUUGAAACUCAGAAAAUACGGUCUUGAAUGAAUAAGGUAGACUGUAAAACACAGCUAUGCAGACCAUCAAGUGUGUUGUAGUCGGGGACGGUGCUGUGGGUAAAACCUGCUUGCUCAUCUCUUACACUACAAACAAGUUUCCCUCAGAAUAUGUACCUACGGUGUUCGACAACUAUGCUGUAACUGUAAUGAUUGGAGGUGAACCCUAUACCUUGGGCUUGUUCGACACAGCAGGUCAAGAAGACUAUGACAGAUUACGUCCUUUGAGUUAUCCCCAGACAGAUGUCUUCCUCGUCUGUUUUUCAGUCGUGUCACCAUCUUCCUUUGAAAACGUCAAAGAAAAGUGGGUUCCUGAGAUCACCCACCACUGUCCAAAGACGCCCUUCCUUCUAGUUGGGACUCAGAUUGACUUGCGGGAUGAUCCAUCAACUAUAGAGAAACUGGCCAAGAACAAGCAAAAGCCCAUCACUCCAGAGACGGCAGAAAAGCUGGCAAGAGACCUCAAGGCAGUUAAAUAUGUCGAAUGCUCUGCCCUUACACAGAAAGGCCUAAAGAAUGUGUUUGAUGAGGCGAUAUUGGCUGCAUUGGAGCCCCCAGAGCCUAAGAAGAAACGCAAAUGUGUGCUGUUAUGAAAGGGCCCUACCCUUUACAAAGCGCACACACACACACACACACACACACAAACAGACAUGCAUCUCACAUCAUCCCCACUUCCAUCUCUCGCCCCUCCCACACCUGUUUUCCUUGCUCUGCUGAGGCUGAUUGGCAGCAUUGUCCUCCAAAUGAAGGACUGAACUCAACCAGCUGACGAGGUUUCAAAUAAUUCUCUGCAAUAAUUUGAAGAUUGGCUCUACGUCUAAAUUCCAGACACUAGAUAAAGCUGUCCUGGCCAGCAGCCUGCUGUGGGAUCCAGCAGCCUGCUGUGGGAUCCAGCAGGGCGGCUGCACCCUUCAUCUAGAUGCCAGUCCUACACACACAUUAGGAGAUGAUCCUGCCAGGUGUCAGAUGGUUUGACUUGACUCAUGUCAAUGAUGUGGUCUAACUGAGCUGGAGAUGACCAGCCAUCCGCUCAGUCAGUGGCAGGCCUGCCGCAGCCCCUCCAGCUGCCUGAUAGGUGGCUGCUCUGCUGCUGUUGCUGUCACCUCUGUCGAUGAACCACUAAUGUUCUUUCUCUGCACUACUACCAGAUAUGUGUAGUGUUGUUUUGUUUUUAUUUGCCAAUCUCCCUGUUUUUCUUUCAGUAACAAGACGAGAUAUUUAACUCACAUUCCAAAUCGACACACUGGUAACCAUUAAGGAUAUGUUUAACUGUGACUGUUCAGUCAGUCAGAACCACACAGGAUCCAUCACAGAAGAGCUCCGAUCUCUGCAUCAUUUAGCAGUAUGCAGUCCUGGUGUGGACUCUUCAGUGCUGAGGUGCUGUCCAUCUGGAAUGUGGCUUUCACUUAAAGAGCUGAAGGCGUCCAGUACUAAUGGCUCUGCAGGUCCACCACAGGAAUUGGCCUUUUAGAUGCAGAGAACUUUAAACAGUGUUAGCAGAACAAGUGGUGUGUUCUUCAUGCGUUAUCGGGGACCAAGGUAGAGUAAAGCACGAUACUUUCGCCACCACACACUUUGAAGCCAUACCGCAGACUUCCUCAUGAAUCGAACUGUUGUGCAGCAGCUUCAGUUUUAGACAGCUGAUCAGGGAAAUUAUAAAGGUCCACCAGAUUUCUGUGCCAGGUCAGAGUUUGGUGCCUUCUUGUAGUGUUCAGGUACCCGGACGGGACUUCUGAGGUGAAUGUUGUACCAGUUCAAACUGUGUGAUGGUGUGUGUAGCUGAGCCUUGGUCUCUGUUUUAAAUGAUAGGUUUAACAGAUGUAAUUAUAAUGUAAGUUGGCAUACAAUGUUGAUGUAGGCUCCAGGUGUUUUUACCAAAAUCUUUUUUCUUCAUUUUUAUUUCUGUUUGUGCUGUUUUUUUAUUAUAUAUAAAAAUAUAUAAAUAUAUAAAAAGGUUACUUUCACUUCUUUCAUAUUUAGGGGUCGGAACUCAUCUGAACUCUUACUGAGAAAACGUCUGAUCAGCUUAGUUUGACCAGAGAGAUCCUAAAUGACUGUUUUUUGUUGUUUUGUUUUUUACAGUUGAGUCAGUAUGAUUAUUAUAACCUUUUGUUUUGGUGGAAAACCAAAUGCUUUGUCUAAAGUCUGUUCUUUGUAUAUGCAUUCUUUUCAGAAAUAUUAAACUUAUACCUUAAUUGCCUUUA